ACCGUUCAACAUAUCGAUGGUGUUUGUUAUUGUCGCUCCUGAUCGGCACUAAAAUUCGUUGUACCCACGAAACUCUGGACAAGUUCAUUGAAAGAUCUGAGAUCUACUCAGUGCGGUCCCUGUGAUCAAAUUUUGGGACUGUUGUUUCUCACCUAAAGAACUCGAAAUAGACCUUUAGAUCUGUGCCCUGAGGAACUUUUUGUGGAUGUUAGUGAUAUGAUUUUGUGUUGAAACUUUGUGAUGAUCGACUUCGGCAGACCAAUGGAUUAUUUUUCUUUUGGAUAGGUGUAACAGAUGAUGCCAUCUAAAAAUGCCAGUGCUACUUCUAAGAGAGUUGUCCUCAACAUCCCUGUCCGCAUUAGUGGAAAAAGCCCAAAAGAAAUCUCCACCCCUCCCAGAGUACGACCUCCAGUUGAACAAUGGUCACCUUGACUUGAUCCUCCUAACCAAACCAGAUAGGAAAAUCAAUUCAACCUCCACCGAUGAAGGUUUCGAAUCGGACAUAGACAGUUUAUCGAUAGUGUCUAGUGAUAACGACAGUUUUACCAUAGAGAAACACUCGGAAAGUGCCUCGAAAACGACUGAAACCGAUUCUGCCAACGGUUCCUCCAGCUCAGACUCCGAUACUGAAGUUGCAGAAACGAAAAGCUCAGAAACAAACCGCUCAAACUCUGAAAACCCCAAACAAGACCAACAGUCUAAUGAAGACUACUCCUUGGAGAAAACAGUAGAGCACUUCAAUCUAGUCGACUGCAUUUGCUACACUGACGUCAAAUGUACUGACAUCCUCAUCUUCGUGAUAAAACGAGAGGCGUUUGUGUUCAAAUUCGACAACAUUACAAACUUGCAGAACUUUUAUACGAAUUUCACCACUCUCAAAGCCGUAGCUAAUCAGAAAGCCUACAACAAGAACUUCACCUCGAAGUUCAACCUCCUGCAAAGAACUGACCAGAAUGGUGUAACUCACAUUGAAAUCACCAGGGAAGCUGAUCCUAGGCUGGCGAAAGACGAAGGACCUAGUAGCAUUAUAAGCAUCAACACCCCGGAGGACAUUUUUCAAAAGUUCUCGAAGAACUUCGACAAGAUCAAAGAUGUGAAUUCAAGGCAAAGGGCGGAAAGCAAAUAUAUCAACGACAUCAAGUAUAACACUAUAAAUUCAAAAUUAGGUCCAAAGGCAAAAAUUAUCACUAAAUCUAACUCCAUUGAGAACAUCUUGGAUUUAGACCAGUAUAAGUCGAAUCUAGUCAACACGAACAAGGAUAACAACUUGAAGAAGAUCUGGAACAGUGCCGAGAACCUCCUGGAACCGCCCAAGCGACCAGAACGGAGGAAAAAAUUAAAAGGAAAGGCACCACAACCUCCAAAAAUGAUAGAAGAAAAACAAGACGUGCUCAGUGGUCAAUACGUAAGAGUGAACGUCAACUUCGACACAGCUAAAGACUUAGACAAAAACAGGUUGAUCAUCAAGAGUUCCUUAAAUGAACCACACCCCAAGAAGCUGCAAAAUUUCAACAUCUUAAGUACGAAACCCAGUCUGGCGUCCUUCUUAAAACCUAAGGAAAAGCAAGUGGUGAAGUACGAACCGAAAAAAAUAGACACAGGGACUCUCUUGAAGUACAGACUCCCUGACAGCAGCUGGACCAAUUCCGUCCCGAGAAUGCUGAAGAAACCGAGAAGCAAAUCGGAGACCAGGAACUUCGUUCCUAUGGCUUACAGAUACAUAGAUACGACACAAGAUUAUCCUGUUUCCUACAACGUCAAUUCACAGCGCAACUAUGACAAGCUCAGUUAUACCAGCAACCAUUUCCAGCAGAAUAUGCACACCAGCUACGGACAAAACCUGGCCAUGUCCAACUACCUUAGAGGAGAGAACAACUCACAGAACAUCAACAACAGACUGUUCGGGCUGAGCCCGAAACUGAGGGAAUUCGCCAAUUCCGAAGACUUCAAGAACGACAGCAGAUGGGGCAGUGCAAAUGAAAUCAGUGUAACAAUGAACAAGGACAAUAAUCUGAAAAGUGUUAUAAAGAACAACAGAGACGAUGCUAGCAAGAAGAAGAAUGAGAAGAAGGUUACAUUCAGCGCGUAUACCACGGUGCAGGUUGUUUAGGGGUCUACGUCAACUUGCUCGAAAUUUUUGAUUGACAAUAUGAAUAUACAGGGUGCUUCUAAUUCAAUCGGUGUUAUUGGCUAAAGUAAUAAAUUUCAUUUAUAAGAUAUUUUUGUUGACGUGAUGUGUUUUUACAUUAUGUAAUAUUUAAAUAGUUGACUGUAAUAAUAGCGAUGUUAGCAAUAACGUAUUCUUAAAUUGGAACACCCGGUAUAAAUGUUGUAUGUUCAUUAAGUAGAAUCAAAAAUUUGUUGAGUAGCACUUUCUUGAAACUAUAAAGAAACUUUUAUCACCACUCUCCUAUUAAUUUCAUAUUUUCUCGAAAAAAUAUGAAUUUUAUUCUUGGUUAAAUAUGCAGGAAGUAAAUGUAAGGAAAAUUAAGAAUAUAUUUUUUCUUAAAGUUAUAUUUAAAGGAAGCCAAAGAAGAUUACUUCAAACAACUAGACUAUUACGUUAUGUUUUAUUUAUCUAAGAUUAAUGAAUAGCGCACCAUAUAUUUUGCCCGUCCUGUAUAUUUGAUGUUACUUCAUCUUAUGAUGCCUGUACCUUUCAUGCUUUCGUUAACAGUUCUAUUAGGUAUGUUAUUUAAAAUACGCAUAUGUAUCAUAACGUGUACCUACCACUACGCUGUAUGUAAAGAAAGAUAUCGUCUGUAUAUUACGUUUUAGUUUGUAUAUAUGUAACUGUAUAAACAUUUUUUAA